GCUGGGAGGGUGAGCUGGGAGGCAGGGAGGUGGAUGACCUUGUGACCUUGUGUGGGUCUGAGAUGCUUCAGAUCAGGCUCUGAGGGCAGGUGGGUCCCUGAAACUGGCUGAGUUCAUCUUAGGGAGCAAGUGCGUGUGAUGUCAUCUCAGGAAUGCAGUGAGGCUCAGCUGUGCUGUCGAAGGACCCGUGAGGCGUCACAACACUGGCCGCCAUAAUUGGAGGCCCCGAGGAUGGGCAGGGAGGGGCCCUGAGACCAGGCCGGCAGGAAGCAAAGGGCAGAGGCGGCUUGGGCUGGCCCAGAGGAGGUGCUGCUCUCUCUUCCCAGCUUCUCCACUGUCCCCAGCUGCUCCACCUCCACAUCUCUGGACUUGGCCCUUGUCCCGCUGCCAUCAGAGGGGCCCCGCUGCCAUGACGGACACGCCAGUCGAGGAAUCCCUCUUCCAAAUCAUCCACAGCUACCACCAGUACGCGGCCCGGGAGGGGGACGUGGAGACCCUGUCCCUGGAGGAGCUGAAGGCCCUGCUCAUGGACAACGUGCCCCGCUUCAUGGAGAGCCUGGACCAGCCAUGUGAUUACCCGGCUCCCUGGGGACUGCAAGGCCAACCCGAGUGUCUGCCCUCGGUGCCAUGCCCCCGGGGUGACCCAAGGCUGCUGCAUCCAGGACAAGCACCCUAGUCCCUGCAGGUCUCCCUGGCCUCCCUUUUGGGAACAUCAGAGGAGAGUCUUGUCCUGGGCUUAUUGGAGCGCAGCCACCAGGUCACAGAGGGGGGACUGGGUGACUCUGAUGAGUCCCCUGUUUCUAGGGAAACCUUGCCACCUGGGCACGGGGCCCACAGGGCAGGCCCCUGGGCACAGGGCGGAGAUGGCAGCCUGGCCAGGUGGGCUGCGUGAGGGAAGCCUGGGAGAGCUGCCCGGGCAGGAAGCCCGUGCACUGUCGGGUCAGCCAGCCCUGUGGCGGGGCUCCCUCACCUUCGCCUGUCCCGUCUCCUCCUGCACUCUGACCUUGACUUCCUCCCUGCCGUCCCUUCCACCUCGAAUGCUCCUUUGCUCUCCUACGCCACCCCCAGGCCUUAGCCCUCAGGGCCACUGCUCUGGGACAUCCGGACAGUCCCGGGGCCCAUGGCGUUGGCCUUCCCCCACCCCGCCCUUUCCUUAGGACACAGGCCAGUUGCCAUGAACAAUCCUGGGCAGA